AUGGCACUUCAGCGUCCGAGAUCUCAGUCAAGCUUCCUCUCUCAGGUCGCUAGGCUGGCGCGAGUGCCCGAAAACGCCGACGUGGAUGCCCUCCAAGCUUCCCCAAUCAGCUUGUCGGACGAAAGCAGCACAUCUGUGACUGAUGAAGAGUCAUCUGCGAGGUCCCGCGUACAGAAUGUCUGGGACUCCGCCGUCAACAAAAGUAUGAAAGUGCCUGAUACUUAUGAAGACGUGGCUGUGUUGAUCAUCAAAUGGGACGAGAAGUUGGACGAGCUGAAAUGUGGUCCAGAGGUGAAGGAGCUUGAUGCGCUGUUCCAAGAGCGUUUCAGAUACCAAACACAAAUCUUGAAUCUGGGCGAUUCUGAGCUCAAACCUCAGAAACAGCUUAACCGGGACGUGUCCCAUUUCAUCGCGGAACAUGACGGGCCGAACAACCUCAUCAUCAUCUUCUACACAGGGCAUGGGAGCUGGGACAAAUGCCGCAACGUAUUAGAUCUGCACGCCAAAGACUGGUCUCAAGGCAACACCAAUGAGCACCCAGCCAAGGCCUGCUGGGAGCCUGCAGAGCGUGCACUUAUGGAAGGCCCUGAGGGCGAUGUCUUGGCCAUCUUCGAUACUUGUUAUGCCAGUAACGUCCAGAAAGGAGUAACGAGUGAUGCUCGAAGUUAUCAACUUAUAGCCGCCAGCUCGUAUGAUCAGCCAACAGCUGCUCCAGGGCAGAACUCUUUCACGACAGCAUUGAUUAAGUCAUUGAAGGAGCUUCUCGAUAGAUACGAGAACCGACCUUUCACGGUAUGGGAUUUGCAAGACCAAAUCAAUCAUCAGAAAGAGCGCCGCGACAGUCCAUGCAUGGUACACAACCGCCUCAGAAGGUAUAACGACCGAUACCUACGCCUUGCACCAUUACCAUCGAAAGCGGAACGCGCGACAAGGAGGCAGAGCUUCCAUACAGAGCCUUUCCGCGCCUUCUUUACGCUCCGAUUUGCACUCACGGAUGGCGAUAUCGAAGACGAGCAGAUUCGGAAACUCGCCGAGAAACUUUGCAAUGCUUGCGAGACCUUGAAAAUUCCGGCGCGGCGUAUCGAUAUGAUCAGCUUCCGGGACUCCAUCAAGCACAACCGUUUGAAGUCCGUAACUCAUGCGCUUAUUGCAAUCCAGUCCCGUCUUCGACGAUCUACACUCGAGAGUGUUACUUCUGUAUCCACAUCAGUGCCUCAGCUGGCAUGGGUCACCACGGAACGAGGUCCUCCAUCGCCAACCAUUCCGUUGUUACAGUUGAUCAAUCCAUCACCUAUUCCCGAUCCCUCCAAGCUGGCUCACGCGUAUUCCUCCGCACAGGAAGAAGAAGCCCCUACCUCGAAAGAGAUGUCCGGCGCCAGAAGAUCCUUAUGGCACAUUGAGAUCAACACCGCCCUCUUGGUAUUGAUGUCGUCGUUUUUAGUUAUACAGUGUAUGAAUCAAACCUGGUGGCACGACAUUUUCACCCAAGCCCAGGACCGUGCCAAGGAUAUUCAUGAGGUUGUCAACGCACUGCUUGCCCAAGCAAAAGCGAGGGACGAGACUGCUGACAGCCAGGCGCCCUUUAUGCCUGGUUUUGCACAUGCGCUCAAACGCUGGCGAACGUGGUGA